UUCCACACCUGACGACAAUCACCAUCAGCUAAUGACAACCUGAGGCUGCAGGAUCUCCACGCCAACCAGGGAACACAGCGGCUACAUGGAAGUUCUGAGCCACUUUACGUUGUGUAUUGACUGAGUCACAGUUCGAAUAUCGGAACGUUCACCGUUAAGUGGACUUGCUUUGUGUGAUAACUCUGCGCGUGCUUGAAAAUGACGGAACAGUGGCCGCAUCUGGAGCCCAUCCAGGAAGAGUCGGAGCAAGAGGAUGACGAAACCGGAGGAGAAAGCCCGACGGGAGGAGGAGAGCGGGAUUUUCAAAGUCAAGUGGGUGAGGAGACGGAGGAGAUGAUGGCAGAGCAUGAUGAUGAUGAUGAUGAUGAUGACGAGGAGGAGGAGGAGGAGGAGGAGGAUGUUCCUCUGAGGGUUAUGAGACCCCGGCGUCUGUCUCGGUCCCUCAGCCAAGGGAGUCUUCUUCGAACACGUUCCACCUCGGGGUCGGGUCGGGGCACGAGCGCGGCGGAUUUGAGUGAUGAAGCCGCAACUCCAAAGUUGGGAAGCGCGAAGCAGUCCAGGGGUCGGGAGCUGACAGUGAAGUUCCCUGCAAAGAUCAGAUGGCAAAAAGGGCCACCACCGAAACCGUCGGUAGAGAAGAUGAAGACAAAGAGGAAGAGAGGAGAGGAGUCGUCCCUGUCUGAGCCGUUUCCCCAGUGGCUGGUGGAGCUGAUGGUCAACAUCGAGGAGGCAACAACACACCCACUGGUGGUUGAGUAACACUCAUCGUCGCGAGCCGAACGCGGGGAUGUUGGGCACAUCCGGCCUUGACCUUGCGAAAAAAAAAACCCUGAAUGUACUGUUGUACAAACAUCUCACAAAACGGGAAAAACAUGCCAUACUAAGGCUUGGCACUGCCACAGAGUACAGUCAAUGUGCAAUGUGAAGGUCACUGGUCCCCCACCCCCUUUUUUCCUGUCAUUAACAGAGAAUAAACAAAAGAAUAAAAAAAAAUACAUUUGGUACAAUCAGAAAGGAGGUAAAUUGGAUUCAUGAUAAAACGAUGAACCCAUUUACCUCUUUCCAAAGCCGGUGUUCUUUGAUUCAAGUGUGUAAAAUGGUGUGAGCACAGUCAAACACACAGCCAGUCGUGUAUUUACCUUUGACAGAGCAACUGGGAACGCUUGAUCUUCGCUGGGUGCAACUUGUCUUUAGCAUUUGGUACGUCGGCAGUCCGAUGGUGUCUUUAUUGGAAUACUCAUUUUCUUAAACGGCAGGGGGGGAAAUGUUUUUAAAUGUUUGAGAGUUGAGCAUGUCAAAACUAAUUUGGGAGAAAGGCGCUCACAAUUAUCUCAUGCUAAAUCACAUAACAUAUAAAAGCUCAUUUCCAAAAUCCA